AUGGCUGUCACAUAUGACACGGAGCAGACGCCGCCCUCUCAGGCUGCUGAGCGCAGCACGCCAUUGAAUCGCAUGCGAUGGGCUACCGUGCGGAAACCGGGGCGCAAGGGUGCCGUCAAGCGCCGCAGCAUAUUCAACAGAAACAUCGCCCGCUUGAGUGGCACUUACAACAACCGACACUCCACCGGCACCGAUCUGAGCGACGCGAAGCCGCACGACCUCGCCAAUGACCAGCCUACCGAAGGCCACACGAGCCGCACCAUAUAUUUCAACCAGCCUCUCCCGGACUCCGCACGCGAUGAAGAAGGCAAGCCAUUGAACCACUUCAAGCGCAACAAAAUCCGAACCGCAAAAUAUACCCCCAUCAGCUUUAUCCCCAAGAACCUGUGGUUUCAACUGCACAACAUCGCCAACGUCUACUUCAUCUUCAUCGUCAUUCUCGGUAUUUUUAGCAUAUUCGGUGUGCAGAAUCCAGGUCUGGCCGCAGUGCCCAUCAUUGUUAUUCUUACCAUCACCGCCAUCAAAGACGCCAUAGAGGAUUGGCGGAGGACAGUCCUCGACAAUGAGCUCAAUAACGCCCCUGUGCACCGAUUGGUCGACUGGGAGAAUGUCAAUGUGUCCGAGGAGACGAUUAGCUUGUGGAGACGAUUCAAGAAGGCAAACACCAGGGCAAUCUUGUUGCUCUGGCGAUGGUGGAAAGGCAAGAGAGAGGCUGCUCUGGCGAAGAAGGGCAAAGGUGCAACGUAUCAGGAUCGAAAGCUGGAUGAGCAGCUGGAAAUUGAUGAGCGCCGUAUGAGUACCCUAACCGCACGACUUGACUACGACGAACGGAAUCCCUACGAGAACGAACAAGGCGAUGUGGAGAUGACGCCAGUGCCAUCUCCGACACCUGGCCAGAAACGAUCAGGAGAUCACAGUCACGAAGGGCAAGGAGACGAGAUUGUGAGGGACAGCUUGACAGUGCCCAACCUUGGUGAAGACGGAAAAGGUGGAGACCUGCCUGUGCCAAAGAAGUUCCACGGCAGCUUGAUCAAUCCGAACAAGCCAAGGCCCGAAAAGGCACGCUUCAAGAAAGAUUAUUGGAAGAAUGUGCGCGUGGGCGACUUUGUCCGCCUAUACAAUGACGAGGAGGUGCCUUCAGACAUCAUCGUUUUGUCGACUAGCGAUGCAGACGGUGCAUGCUACAUCGAAACGAAGAAUCUAGACGGAGAGACGAAUUUGAAGGUUCGAACCGCGCUCUAUUCCGGUCGUCAAGUCAAGCGAGCGAGAGAUUGCGAACAAGCCGAUUUUGUGCUCGAAAGUGAGCCACCGCAUGCGAAUUUGUACGCGUAUUCUGGAGUCGUGCGUUGGAACCAGUACGACAUGAAGAAUCCUUUCGCCGAGCCCAAGGAAAUGGCAGAGCCAGUGAGCAUUAACAAUCUGCUCCUGCGUGGUUGUACGGUCAGGAACACCGAAUGGGUACUAGGAAUCGUGGCAUUUACGGGUGAGGACACAAAGAUCAUGCUCAACUCUGGUAUCACACCUUCCAAACGGCCAAAGAUUAUGCGCGAUCUGAACUGGAACGUCCUGUACAACUUCGUCAUCCUUUUCGUCAUGUGUCUGGUUGCCGCACUUGUCAAUGGUGUGACGUGGGGCGAAGGAGACAACUCCCUCGACUUCUUCGAAUUUGGAAGCUAUGGUGGCACACCAGGUCUCAACGGCUUCAUCACUUUCUGGGCGGCCAUCAUCCUAUUCCAGAAUUUGGUCCCCAUCUCACUGUACAUCUCCCUCGAAAUCGUGCGAUCCGUCCAGGCAUUCUUCAUCUACUCCGACACCUACAUGUACUACGAGAAGAUCGACUACCCAUGCACGCCAAAGUCUUGGAACAUAUCCGACGACUUGGGCCAGAUUGAGUACAUCUUCUCCGACAAGACCGGUACGCUUACGCAGAAUGUCAUGGAGUUCAAGAAGUGCACAGUCAAUGGCCACCCAUAUGGCGAAGCAUAUACGGAAGCGCUUGCUGGAAUGCAGAAACGCCAGGGAAUCAAUGUCGAGGAAGUCGCCGCUCAAGAAAGAGCGCGUAUUGCAGAGGACCGAGUGGUCAUGCUGAAGCACCUUCGCCGGAUGCACGACAAUCCUUACCUACGAGACGAGGAUCUUACCUUUGUUGCGCCAGACUAUGUCGCAGACUUGGAUGGCGAGAGCGGGCCUGAGCAGAAAGCGGCCGUGGAACAGUUCAUGCUUGCACUCGCACUCUGCCACAGUGUCAUCACUGAACGGACGCCUGGUGACCCGCCGCGAAUAGAGUUCAAGGCGCAAUCUCCCGAUGAAGCUGCGCUCGUUGCCACCGCUCGAGACGUUGGCUAUACCGUCAUCGGUCGAUCGAACGAUGGCAUCAUCCUCAACAUCAUGGGCAAAGAAAGCGAGUUCCAGGUCCUGAACAUCCUCGAGUUCAAUUCCACCAGAAAGCGAAUGAGUGCCAUUAUAAGGAUGCCGGAUGGCAAGAUUGUCCUGUUUUGCAAGGGUGCCGACAGCAUCAUCUAUUCGCGUCUGCGAAGAGGCGAACAACCAGAACUGCGAAGGGCCACAGCCGAACACCUCGAAAUGUUCGCCCGAGAAGGUCUCAGAACACUUUGCAUUGCACAGAGGGAGCUUGGCGAGGAAGAAUACCAGAAGUGGAACGUUGACCACGAACUCGCGGCUGCCGCGGUCCAAGAUCGUGAGAACAAGCUCGAGGACGUCGCUGACCGAAUUGAGCGCGAGCUCACUCUUAUCGGCGGAACAGCUAUUGAAGACAGAUUGCAAGAUGGUGUGCCAGACUCCAUCGCUUUGCUUGCGCAAGCGGGAAUCAAGCUCUGGGUCUUGACUGGAGACAAGGUGGAGACCGCCAUCAACAUCGGGUUCUCUUGCAAUCUUCUCGACAACGACAUGGAUCUGAUCGUGCUCAAGUCUGAAGACGAAGACAUUGCAGGUGCGGAAGCAGAAUUGGACAAGCACUUGGCGGCUUUCGGCAAGACUGGGUCAGACGAGGAGCUCAAAGCUGCUAAAAAGAACCACGAACCUCCGGCUCCCACGCACGCAUUGGUCAUCGACGGCGAUACGCUCAAGGUCGUGCUUGACGACAGGCUACGUCAAAAGUUCUUGCUGCUGUGCAAGGAAUGCAGAUCCGUUCUUUGCUGUCGUGUCAGUCCUGCGCAGAAGGCUGCCGUUGUGGGUCUUGUCAAGCACACGCUUGAAGUCAUGACUUUAUCCAUUGGCGACGGUGCUAACGAUGUCGCCAUGAUUCAAGAGGCUGACGUUGGCGUUGGCAUCGCUGGUGAAGAAGGUCGUCAGGCCGUCAUGAGUUCCGAUUACGCCAUUGGCCAAUUCCGCUUCUUGACCCGACUACUCCUCGUACAUGGUCGUUGGGACUACCGGCGCAUGGGCGAGUGUGUUGCCAACUUCUUCUACAAGAACAUCAUCUGGGUCUUCGCCUUGUUCUGGUAUCAGAUCUACACCAACUUUGAUUGCUCGUAUGCUUUCGACUACACGUACAUCCUGCUCUUCAACUUGGCCUUUACCUCACUCCCGGUCAUCUUCCAAGGUAUUCUGGAUCAAGAUGUGGAUGACAAGGUCUCACUUGCCGUACCCCAGCUUUACCGACGUGGCAUCGAGCAAAAGGAAUGGACUCAGACCAAGUUCUGGAUCUACAUGUUUGACGGCUUCUACCAAUCAGUGAUCGCCUUCUACUUCACCUACCUGCAGUUCAAAGUUGCCAAUUUCGAAUCCGAGACUGGUCGCAACAUCAAUGACUACAAGCGCUUGGGAGCGUACAUUGUGAACCCCGUCGUGUUCAUCGUCAAUGUCUACAUUAUGAUGAACACCUACCGCUGGGACUGGUUCAUGUGUCUCAUCACGGGCAUUUCCAUUCUCCUCAUCUACUUCUGGACCGGAGUCUACACCUCCUUCACCGCUGGCUACACCUUCUACGAAGCUGCACCACAAGUCUAUGGUGCCUUGUCAUUCUGGGCAAUCAACCUUUUGACUGUCAUUGCAUGCCUCCUCCCCCGUUUCGUGGCGAAGGCGUACCAGAAGAUGUACAUGCCUUACGACAUCGACAUCAUCCGCGAGCAAGUGCGGCAAGGAAAGUUCGAUUAUCUCAAGGAGGUGGAUCCACACAAGGUUGGACCACAACCUGACAAGCUUGCUGAGAGUACUGCGAGCAGUGAGGACAUGCGACCAAUAUAUCCACCAAGUGUGGCGGCGACUGCAACGACUAAUAAUCCCAGAAGUCAUAACGGGUCGGAUGGGACAGAGUAUACUGGUCAUCGGUCGUCUGUGGGUGAUCUAGAUCGCUUUGAAAGAGCCUUCCCGCCCAGGUACUCGCAGUCUGCGAGUAACGCCGCCACGCCGGCAAUCACGCCGGUAAUUACCAGGCAGGAUCAUGAUCAAGCACCAACGCGGCCGAGUUACGAUCGACCGAGGCCGUCAUUCGACCGAUUGAGAUCUUCUAUGGAUCGAACACGGCCAAGUUUCGAAGCAAGCCAUGACUUUACAUCUGCCGCCUACUUGGCGCGGGUGGAGUCAAGCCAAAGCGCCGGCCGGGCUUCAAGAAGAAAAGACAUCUCUGAAGAUCUGAGGCGAUGA